CUCAGCUCACAGAGCAGAAGGUCAGAAGCCAGAGGGAACGUGAGGUGUGCCACCAUGGAGCCCACUCACACACCUGUUGAGAUAGAGGCUUCAGACCUGCAAGGGAGUGAAGGGGAUAGUCCGCCAGAGAAGGUGACAAAUGUGCCCUGCUUAGAGAAGAGCUCCAGCACCGUCCCGGCAAGAGACCCACUCGUGCGCCAUGCCAAGGGUCUGGGCCAGGACACCUUCAAAAUUUGUAAAGAAUACCUAAGGCCGCUGAAGAAGUUCCUGCGAAAGUUGCACUUGCCCAAGGAUGUGCCUCAGAGGAAGAAGCUGAAGUACAUGAAGGAGAGCCUGGUGGUCCUAGGGGACCACAUCAACACCUUUCUGCAGCAUUACUGCCGAGCAUGGGAAAUCAAACACUGGAAGAAGAUGCUCUGGCGGUUUGUCUCCCUCUUCUCGGAACUAGAAGCGAAGCAGCUUCGCAGGCUCUAUAAGUACACCAAGAGCAACCAGAACACCAAGUUUCUGGUGGCAUUCUCGCCCUCAGCCACACCUGACAGGUCCCUGCUAGCUGGCCGGGAGGACAGUCUGCCCAAGCUUUGCAAUGCCUGGGGGCUACACAGUGACAUCAGCGGCAUGAAGGAGAGGCUUUCCAAGAUGCAGACCCCAGGUCAAGAGGCCUCCCUGCUGGGGAAGCCCCAGUCCCAGGCCUAUGUCAAGAGAGAUUCUUUAAGAAAACAUCCUCAAAAGUCAAAACUCAAGAGAAAGAGGAUUAAGGAAGUCCCAGAUACUCCUGAAACCAGCCCGUGA